GUAGAGACACCAUGAUAGACUUAAUAAAAAUUCUUGUGUGUUUUAUAUGCGGCAGCUUCCUGCUUAUUUAUUUGGCGUUACGGAAGCAAUAUUCAUAUUUUAAGGACCGCGGUGUAUUGCACGAUAAACCAGUGUUUUUUUUCGGAAAUCUUAAGGAAUUUUAUCGCACCAAAACAUUGUAUGAUAUUUUCCAAGAAUAUUAUAUGAAAUUCAAGGAAAAAGCACGAUUCGUUGGAUUUUAUUUCUUUCUCAACAAAACGAUUAUACUGCUCGAUCCCGAUUUAAUUCAGCAUAUAUGUGUUAAGGAUUUUGCAAAUUUUACAGAUCGAGGACAGUAUUUUAAUAAAAGAGAUGAUCCAAUUUCUGCUCACAUGCUGCUUUUAGAUGGACAACACUGGAAAAAUUUACGAACAAAAUUUACUCCAACUUUCACAUCAGGAAAAAUAAAAAGUAUGUUUACCACUGUCGUCGAUGUAGCUGAUCAAUUAAUCAGUGUUUUGGAAGAUGAGCGAAACUCUACAGAUAUGAAUGUAGGAAUUGAUUUUGCAAAUCUUAUGUCACGCUAUACAACAGACGUUAUAGGAAGCGUUGCUUUCGGUUUAGAGUGCAAUAGAUUAAAGGAACCAACAAGUAAAUUUAGUAAAACUUGUGAAAAAAUUGGUUAUUUUAAACACAGUAUGCCUGUGGUUUCGCUUAUGAGUACUUUUCCAAAUUUAGCUCGAAAAUUCAGAAUGAAACUGUUUCCAAAAGAAAUUUCAGACUUCUUCUUUCAAAUUGUUCGUGACACUGUAGAAUAUCGAGAGAAAACGGGUAUACAACGAAAAGAUUAUCUUAAUAUAUUAAUGGAGUUAAGAAAAUCAGAGACAUCAGAUGCUUUAACAAUGGAAGAGAUAACUGCACAGACAUUUUUAUUUUUUGUAGCAGGUUUUGAAACAAGUUCAAGUGUAAUGAGUUUUUGUUUAUACGAACUGGCUUUAAAUCCAGACAUUCAAGAGAAGGCUCGGACGGAAAUGAAUGCAGUUAUGGCUCAGCAUGAUGGCAAACUUACUUAUGAAGCAGUUAAAGAAAUGAAGUAUUUACUUCACUGUAUGUACGAAACAACGCGUAAGUAUUCAGUUGUACCGGUUAUCGUACGCAAAGCUGCCAAGGACUAUAUUUUACCAAAUACAAAUCAUGUCAUUGAAGAAGGAACUAGAGUUCUUUUACCAAUUGAUGCCUUACAUUAUGAUCCAGACAUAUAUCCAAAUCCUCAACGUUUCGAUCCCAACCGAUUUUCGACAGAAGAAAUUGUAAAACGUCAUCCAAUGGCAUAUAUGGGUUUCGGCAAAGGACCACGAGCUUGUAUUGGUUACAGAUUUGCCUAUAUGCAAAUUAUAAUUGGUUUAUAUAUGAUGCUUAAAAACUAUCGAUUUUCUCCCACCAAAGAAACACAAAUACCUAUGAAAUAUAAAUUGAAUAAACACUUUCGUGAUGCUGAAAGAGGAGUGUAUUUGAAAAUAGAAAAAUUGUGAAAGAUGUGUGAAAUGUUGACAUUUGUUUAUGACAAAAUACUAGUAUCAUAGAAAAUAAUAGUAAUAAAAAAGAUUAACAAAUAAUAAUUUGUGGUUACUUAUCCGAAUUACAUAGUCGGGUGAAAAUAUUCUUCACACAUUUCCACUUUGUCCGUUCAUUCUCCAAUCUCAUACAUGAAUUGCGGUUACUGACACUUGAUUUUAAUAUUCUGUCAUUCUAUAAGAUUUUUCUUUCUGCUGCCUUUCUAUUGUUGUCAUGAUCAUAACACAAGGUCUGAUGAUGCACUUUACAUCAAUUAGUUGGACUUUUGUUAUUCUGUACUCCUGCAAAGAUUUGGAUUCAAAUUGAUCACUAUCUGCUGCUGUGAAGCGGAUUUUAAAAACGUUUAAUGAUAAAUU